AUACGGCAUACUAAAGAGAAAAAUAUAAUGGGCUUUGAGUUGAAAUCUCAAAUAUACACUCCCGGAAAUUCAUGUCAGUGAAAAUAAAUAAUAAUACUGUCACGAAUUGAUAUUAAAGCUUUUCUCUGACUGAAAGUACAAAAGUAGCAAUGAUACAGACUCUCUCUCUCUCUCUCUCUCUCUCUCUCUCUCUCUCUCGCUGGCAUCAUGGCCUGGGGAAGCGGAAGGUCAAAGGCAUUAUGAUAAUGAAGCGUUAUUGGUAAUUAGUGUUACUUUUCGUCCUUUAGAUUAACGACCUUCAAGGUGGAGCGGAGACCCGCCCUCUUGCAUACUGGAGGUCGCCGUCGUCCCGGAGACUACCAAAGGAGCCAUUCUCCCUCAUCAGGUAUCGAUUUCUCGAGCCUAAUAUCGGAAUCGACCCGGAACCCUGAAAGGCCCUGGGACAAAGCGGUACAUAUUUUCGGCAUGUGAUCAAGGCGGGAGGGGACAGGGGGAUGGAGUUGGCUGGAUCCGGGAGGAGAGACACAGGGGACGGUUGUCUGUCUAAGGAAGUCGGGAAGGGGGGAAGGACGAGGAUGCGUUGAUGUGAUUGCGCAAAAAUAGGACUCUUCUCUUUGGAAACGCACUGAUACCAUCCCUGCCCUGCCUGGCUCUCUGCCUCUGCGCCCAUGCCGCGUGUAUCCUGCCGCGUCCUUCGCCUUCCGUCAACUCCUUCGAAUUUCGCCUAAUCAGCGCGGCCUCUGGGGAAGGAAACCUGCGGCGCAGCGAAGGGCACCUGAGUUCUGCCAGAAUAUUACUAUGGUGCAGGAACCUCGAGGGCAGAGCAAGAACGAAAGGAACCUGGCGUUAGAGGCCGUCCCCUAGAGGUGGCGUUUUCGUCUUCAUGGAGGUGACCGAGGCCAACAGGUGACACCGACAGAAAGAGAAAAAGAGAAAGGAAAGAGAGCGAACGAAAGCAAAAAGAAAACUCCGAGGCAGCGAUUCACUCCUCAUUCAUUAAAGCGCAGCAGGGAGUCCGAGGGCUCGAGGGACUCAUUGAGGAUGGGCGAGGCGAAGAAGAACAGGGUCAGCCCCGAAACUUCCAAUAAGGGCAGCGCAGCUGGAGGCGCGGCUGGCGGAGAACGCCGAGAGACGUCGCCAGAUCAUCCUCCGCCGACACUGCGGAGGUCGUCUCUCAUCAGCUUCGAGGGUGACGAUGAAAACAGCAGGGUCGAGGUCAAAACGGGAUGCUGCGGUCUGGAUCCGACGACGGGAAGAGGGAAACAGAUUCAUCUGGCUCAAAUCCUGUUGCUUCCUUUCAUCCCCAUCAUGGCUCUCAUCAUUCAGAACUCCAUCAACAUGGUUACCGUUUUAGAAUACCAGUACGACAUGCAGGAAACCAUAGAUCAGGUGCAAAUCAGCACGGGCUUGGGCAACGUGACAGAAGCGCUGCAGUCCGAGAGAGCCGAGAUCGGCUUCUACCUCUUCACAAAUGGCUCCGUCAUCAGGGGCAACCUAACGGAGCACUUUGCCUACACGAACAAACUCUUGGACGAACUAACGUGGCCCGUGUUCAGAACGGAGCACAAACUUUUCAACAACAAAAUCUUGUUCCGGAUUCGUCUGGAUGACUUCCGUGACAAGAUCACCAAAUUUGACACACCCUCCGUCGAGGCCGGCAUCGCCUUCUACAACAGAGCAAAUUAUAUAUUUCUCGAUCAGCUAACGAGUGAAAUCAACGAGAAGGACGCUGCUGGUGUGUGGCGACCCCUUCUGGCCUACAAGAACAUGAUUCGCGCCAUUGAGCACUUGGGUAUCUCGAUGGUCUUUGGACUGCAGUACUUCGGUCGAGGUGCCCUCAACCAGAAGAGUUACAACGCCUUUGUGACCAAUGAUGCCCUGGGCUACGACUUCCUCAACACGAGUCAGAACUUCGAGUUUUGGAUUACUGACAGGUACAAGCGACUUCAGGAGUCCUACGCCUGGUACGCCAACAUCACAAGAAGGCGACUGGAAGUCCUCGGCCGUGCAAAGAUUUCUCCCGAUUUCGACAAGGCCACCGAAUACUUUUAUGCAAUGCUUGGAUACUUGGAUGCCUUGCAAAAGAUCCAGUAUGAAAUUCGUCACGUCAUCGAGCGAACACUCUUCAACGAGAUGAACGCUUCGAACAGUCACGUGGUUAUCGGCAUAGCCUUGCUGUGUGUGGUUCUCAUCAUUUCUCCCGUUAUUAUUCUGCUCGUCCGGAUGAUGACACGGACGUUACAGGCAUUUUCAGACACACUCAUCCACAAGACUCACGAGCUGGCCUACGAACAGAAGCGGUCAGACACGCUUCUCUACCAGAUGCUCCCGCCCUCUGUCGCCCAACAGCUCAAGCAGCACCGGCAAGUCUCCGCCGAAACUUACGAGUCCGUUACGAUAUACUUUUCAGAUAUCGUUGGCUUCACAGAGCUCUCUUCGGAAAGCACGCCCAUGCAGGUCAUUUCCCUCCUGAACGCCCUCUACAAGAUGUUCGACUCCCGCAUCGAGCUCUACGACGUCUACAAGAUAGAGACCAUUGGUGAAGUGUACAUGGUGGCCAGUGGAGUCCCGCAAAGGAUAGGCAAAGAACACGCGGCGGAAAUCGCCUCGAUGGCGCUGGACCUGCUCCACGGGACGGAAAACUUCAUCAUCCCUCACAUGCCCGGAGAGAAGAUACAGAUCCGGAUGGGCGUCCACUCUGGCCCGGUGGUGGCCGGGGUAGUGGGCACAAAGAUGCCCAGGUACUGCCUCUUCGGAGAUUCCGUCAACACUGCCUCUAGGAUGGAAUCCACGGGCCUACCUUUCAAGGUCCACAUUUCCUCGGAUACAAAGUUAGAACUUGACCGUGUUGGAGGCUUUAUUGUCAAGUUGCGAGGAGAGUUAGAGAUCAAGGGAAAAGGCCUCAUGGAGACCUACUGGCUGAUAGGGAAACACGGCGUUCUCGGCGACCGGCAGCACCUUCAGGAGAAGCCUGAAGAAAUGGAUGUCAUGUCUGUUAAUCCUCAUAGUGAAAAGGCUCGUCUAGCACAGCAGAGCGCCUUCAGCUUCAGUGGUCCAUCGAAUCUAUUUGCCAAGCUCAAGUCACUUCUAUAGAAGCUCGGAUCCUCUACCUCUCAGCUUCUAUACAAGGCCAGCUCUUUUAUGCCUCAACUUCUACGUAUAUAAUAGACCGGACCUUUACCUCUCAACUUCUACACGAGGUCUUACCCUUUACCUCUGAACUUCUAUAGAAAACCCGAAUCCUUUAUUCUCAACCUUUUCAGUACUGAUACUGAAGACAAGGACAAGUGUGGCGCCUCUCCUGCGGCUCAUAACUGAUCAGCAUUGCCAUGACUUUUGUUUCACGAGAGAAAAUGCAAAACAAGGUUGGUUUAGGAGGAACAGUCAUUAUAAUUAUGUCACGUAAAGAUGAAAGGAAUGCAACGAUUAGGCCUAGAUUAGCAUGAGGAAAAACAAGACUGAAAAUACCCCAGAUGAAUCAUGAACUGUAAUGAUAGUGAAUCUUUCUUACAAUAAGUAAAGCACAUGAAUAUCUCCUGAAUAAUAUAUUGUAUUUAUAGGAAGAGAAGGUUUAUUGUGAUCAAUAGCUAUGUACAGUAGUCCUACCCUUUUCUAGAAAUAAUAAAGUUGUGUAGUGUCAGGCACUA